AUGGGUCAGUGGUUUAUAACCAGGGAAGCGCCGCUGCGGGAGGAGCUAUUCGGAGGGAGGAUGGACACUUGA